AUGGAGUGUAGAAAGUUUGAUCUCAAACUUAUAUCAGCUACUAAUCUGAGAGACGUACGUAAGAUAUUUAGGAUGAAGGUUUAUGCAGUGGUUACUAUUGCAGGCAAAGCAAAAACAGAGAGACGAACUCCGGUAGAUAAGGAAGGCGAGACCAAUCCUACUUGGAACUUCACGUUGCAAUACAUGAUCGGUGAGUUGGCUGUGCAAAACGAAGGGAUUGAGGUGCAUCCAAAUGUCAAUGGAGGAGGCGCUAAUAUAUUGACACGUCAAGUGCAAAGUAGCAGUGGAAUUUCUCAGGGAGAGCUGAAAUUUUCAUUUGGUUUUGGAGAGACAGUUAUCAUCAAACGACCCUCAAAGUGGAGGAAAAUGUUAAAGGCUGGAACAGUGGUUUUACUAAACUUGAUUUCAGCAGUCCUUGGCCAAGGUAAUGCAAUACCAUUGUUUAUGGAUGCUGGUAGCGGUGUAGAUUUUAUGUGA